AUGGGACUAGACAACUCACUUGACGUACAAAAUUUCAUCGAACGUCACCCUAUGGUCCUAGAACUACGGCAAAGUGGGAAAUUCUUCGAAUCCAAAGGAUACGAAGAUUACCCGCAGCACAUACGUCAUAUGAAUCUCACUGCAGGUCCUCUCACUGGGCCGCAAAAGAUAUCCGUCGCGCCGUAUGUCUUCACCGAACGCGCCGGCGGGGGUUUAAUCGUCAUAUUUUAUCUGGGAACGCACGUGGCUGGGUAUCCUGGGAUUGUCCACGGCGGGCUCCUGGCCACCAUACUCGAUGAAGGGCUAGGCUGGUCCUGCUUUCCGUCUUUACCUGGAAAGGCAGGUGCUACUGUAAGCCUUACUGUUGACUACCAGAGUCCUAUGCCGACGGGCAGCUUUGGAGUUCUGAGAGCGUGGACAACGAGUGUUGUUGAGCGAAAGGCUUGGGCGGAGGGGUUUAUUGAGACUUUGCCUGCGGAGGGGGCACCCGUCAUAGUCGCUAAGGCGCGCGCAUUGUUUGUGGAACCAAGUCAGAGGACGUUAAUGACACGCUGA